AUGGUCGUAUUUUGUUUCGGCGCUCUUUUCGAGCAAUUCGCUGGGCCUUCGGGCACUUAUGUUACGCGGUCCUUGUGGCCUGGGCGCGAGCCCACCCCCGACUCCAUCCCCUCUCCGCCGCCUCCCUCCCCGCCUUCCUCCCCCUCCCGCUCCCGCUCCCGCUCCCGCUCUCCGCUCCCCGACCCCCCAAAGAGGAAAAGGGCGGUGGACGACGACGACGACGACAAUGACGAUGACGACGCCGCCGCCGCCACCAGCACGCCCUCCCCCCCUCGUGCGGUCAAGCGCCGCCGCCGCGUGGUCGUCGACGACGAUGACGAUGACGAGGAAGAGGAGGAGGAGGAGGAGGAAGAAGAAGAAGAGGAAGAGGAAGAGGAAGAGGAAGAGGAGGCGCCACCUCCGCAGCCUGGCCAGCUGCCGGAGGUCGUGGUGAUCUCUUCCGAUUCCGCGCAGUGA